CCAAAGACUAGAACUGGAGUCUGGAACUAAGCAGCAUCUCUGCAGAAACAUAAACACAAACACGUUGUGUGCAGCCAAAAAUCAAAACGCAAAUGAGUGUUUGCAACUGCAAAACCCUUCUUCUGUGUUCCUCUCUCUCUUCCUUCAAAUCCCAACACACCACUCUUUCUCUCUCUUCUUCCCUCACCCGAAGAUGCUUCGCUUCACUCCAAACCGCUCCUUCCAUUGCAGACGACGCUGUCAAACAACUCCUAACCAACCACGAUGGUGUCUCCAGGCUCAUGAAGAUGGAGCGCAAGCCACUCCUCUUCCAACCCCAACCUCACGCUCGCUGGUUCCCUUACCUCGAUAGGUUCAGCUGUGAAAAUGGUUAUGUGAUAAGCAGUGGUGAGAUCAUUGAUGCUGUUAGUCCGGUGAUGUCGGAAGAGAGGAGGGAGAGGUUCAAGAAUGUGGUUCAGAACAGGAGCUACUCAGUUUGUUUGGUGGUGGAAGGGCUCUGCGACUUUGGGAAUGUUUCCGCUGCAUUUCGGUCUGCGGAUGCACUUGGGGUGCAGUCUGUUCAUGUGGUGUCUUGUGAUGCCAACAAAAGGUAUAGAGAUAAUCGUCAUGUGAGCAUGGGUGCAGAAAAGUGGUUGGACAUUGAAUUGUGGGACUCUACGACGGAGUGCUUUAAGAUGUUAAAAUCACGUGGUUAUCGAAUCGCCACAACCCAUUUAGGAAUGGAUACGGUUUCUAUAUAUGACAUGGACUGGUCCUGCCCAACUGCAAUUGUAGUUGGGAAUGAGAAUAGGGGCAUUAGCGAGGAGGCUUUGGAGUUGUCGGAUUUGCAUUGCAGUAUUCCGAUGAACGGAAUGGUAGACUCUUUCAAUGUUUCGGUUGCUGCUGGAAUCCUCAUGCACCAUGCCGUGUGUGAUAGAAUAUCACGAAUGGGCCAUCAUGGUGAUCUGACAGAAGAAGAAAGACAAAUUCUACUUGCAGAGUUUUCACUGCGCCAUAGCAACAGUGCAAUAAGCAUCGUUCAAGAUUAUGCAAAGCGCAAGGUGGCAACAUCGACCUAAAAGAAAAGGCAAAAUUCUUCUGAUUUUCAUGUUUUCCCACCGAGACAGGCACAUCCAUGAAGCUAAACUGGUCCCUUCCUGAAUAUGACUGAUUCCCACAAACUAGAGCAACAACAGCAAGAAAUUGCAUUAGCUGAUGAAGCAUGAUGCACAAGGCUGAUUGAAUAACAUUUUAACAACAUGGAUCGUCAUCAAGGCUUCUGUCUGUACUAUAAAAUCUGUGCUCAAUGAUGUGCUUAGGAAUGAAAUUAUUGUAUGAAACGUGCAAAUGCAACUAAUUGUAAUAUCUUCAGUUUUGGGGUA